GUUUGCACUUGAUUGCUAUUAUCCUGGUACUAUGCAGCGCAGCCUUGCCUUGCCUUUUUGAUGCAAUGGUUGCGAUAUCGAUCUCAUUUGGAAUACUUAAGCAGUGUCAUGGACAUAGGGACCCUGAGCAGCAGUGCUGGUGUAUUCCAUCAUUAUGGCGCCCCAGGAUAAUGUUGGAAGAAUUCCCAAGAAUGCGUUCAUUGCCUCCAUUUCCGCCCUCCUAGCGCUUGCAUUGCUAGGGGUUCUGAUGCGAUUUAAUAUCAGGUUUCGCUUGCAGAAGCAGAAGCUGAAACUUGAUGACGUCCUCCUUCUUGUGGCGGUCGCGUUCUUACUCCUCAGCAUUAUUAUCAUGUAUCGAGCGGUUAUAAGUCCGAUGUACAUGGUAAUGGCGAUGGAGCUAAGGCUUGAGGGUGUAGUUCCUCCGCCGGACAUAGAAGACAUAAGCCAGAAGUAUCACAUGUGGAGUAGUAUCUGCCUAACAACUACCUGGUGCGCUUUCAGCGCCGUAAAGCUGAGCUUUCUUGUCUUCUUCAAAAGAUUGAUUGACAGAAUCCCGCGCUGGCAGAUCUACUGGUGGGUUAUUACCAUUUUUACAAUCAGUACCCUGGCCUAUGGAGUCACGGUCUAUUUCAUUGGUUGUCCUUAUUUCUUCGAUGCGAGGGAAGCGGAGUGUUCUUCUGGGCACCGUAAACGGAUUAUCUUAAUACAGUCCGUUCUGUUGAUGGUACUGGACACGAUCGGUGAUUUACUAAGUAUGCGUCCCAGUAUUAAUCCAUUUCUGGUUAUCCCAAUCGGCAUAAUCUGGAAGAUUCAAGUCGUAUGGUCCCAGAAGAUAAUCCUAACAUGCUCACUAUGUUUGACGGUUAUUAUGAUCAUCCUUUCUAUCGUCCGUGUAUCUGGGCUUGUCUACCGCGGCUUCAUUGAUUCGAUCUGGGAAACAUACUGGCAGUUCUUAAGCGCCGAAGUCGGAGUAUUUUUGGCCGCAUCCAUCGCUUUUCGCUCCUUUUUCACAGCUCGCAGCAAUUCCCGACCCACACCCCACUACUCAGUCAAAAGGCUUCUCAAGGAAUCCAUAACUGGAGAGCCCACAUAUCGGCAGCGAAAUAAUCCUUCCAACAUGUGGCUCGAAGGGUCGUUUUCUGAGUUACAACCCCUUUCACAGAAUAACAGGGCAGGCAAUAUUACACGACAUCGGAAUGUUCUUUCUCGUGCAGAGUCUGAAGACCAAAUUGCAAUAGAGGCGCAAAUGCGCACGGGCCACUGGGUUGGACUCAGCGGGUUCCUUUGUUUGCCUUUCGACCAAACAGGACUGGCUGAUAUCGCCCCUGCAUCCAGCUGA